CGCAGGAUCUGACAGCCACCUCCAAUCGUCCUCCUUAUUGGCUAACACGACCGUAGAUAAAGCACCCAUCAGUUCGACCAGCUCUCUACGUUCCUCAUCUAAAACAGGGUCAUGUCUCCAAAGUCAAACCCAAAUUGAUUUAAUCUUUAACUUUAUAUAUAGUUUAUCAAUUUUGAACCGACAAAGCCAAACCCAAAUUAUUGUUCCAUCUGUGCUGAAAUAAAUCCCCAAAUCGUGAAAACCCUAGAAAUUGAUAUCAUGAGUUCGUAAUCAAAAUCAAGAUGUCAAACAACGUGCCUUUCGAGAUCCAAGAGGAAAUCAUCAAACAUCUCCCUGUAAAAUCACUCAUUCGUUGCCGAUCAGUCUCCAAAUCAUGGAAAUCUCUCAUCGGUAGCUCCAAAUUUAUCACUCUUUACAGGUCCCAACAGCAACAUCUACUUGUGUAUAACUAUCUCUCUGUUGAUCAUCCUAAUUGCGUUUCAAUCAUUGAUGACAACACUUUCCCGCAACAGAGAGUCCCCCUCACUCUUCCUCUGUUCGUUAAGAUGCUUAAACGUUUUAAAAAAGUAGGUAGUUCGCAUGACUUGUUGUGUUUGUAUAGCGACGGAAAACUUGUUAUUUGGAAUCCUUUGAUUACAAAAGCUGUUGCUGUUGUUGUGCCUAAUGUCGUAGAUGAUAAGAUGUUUCAAACCGUGCUCGGGUUUGGGGUUUGUCGUGAGACGAGUGACCCGAAGAUUGUCAAGAUUAGAUAUAUUGAUAAGUUUGCGGAUAUGGAAAGUGUAAGUAGCAUCCCUUGGCAAGUUGAGAUUUUUAUGUUAAGCACGGGGGUGUGGAGAAGUCCGAAUAGCAGCAAUCUCCCUCGUAAAUCGAUUAUUUUUGGAAGCGGAGAUGGGGUUUGUGUAGACGGGGUUUAUUACUGGCUUGCUACUGAUAGGAGUACCGUAGAUGCUCAAAUUCGAGCUUAUAAUAUGAUUAUUUCAUUUGACAUGACAAGUGAAGAAUUUAGAGAAGUAAACCUCCCGGAUAGUUUUGUAUACCGCGGGCCUAUGUGGGAUUUGUCCAUAUAUAAUCUAAGGGAGUCUCUGGUUUUGGUUGAACGCAGUGCUGUCGGGACCGAUAAUCUAAUUUAUGAUGUUUGGAUGAUGGAGGAUGGUGUACCAAAAUUGUUUACAAAAUUAUACACUAUUCACGCACCAUAUGCAAGAAUAAUAGGCGUACAUGAAAUUAGGAAGAGUGGUGAACUUGUAAUGGAAGUUAUGGAAGAUGAUUGGAAAGCAAAAUCCCUUGUUGUUUAUGAACCUAACUUAAAACGCAUUAGUAACUUGGGGAUAUCACGUGGGCCUAAUGAUGUAGGUCAAAUUUAUGUGCAUUCCUAUAUGGAAACACUACUUCUGCUUGAUCAACCAUCUUUAACGAUUUUUGACAAUGGGAAACGCUACGUUGAAAAAUUCGAAUGGAGAGCUAAGAGCAGAUGGCUUUUGAGUCAUACAAGCAAGGAAUAGAGUUCAGUAUGUAGUUGCUACCACCAGUAGAUCAACAGAUGAAUAAUAGCAGUGAUCAAGCUUGAUGGCAAAUGGAGUCUAGUAGUCAAAAUGGUGUUGGUGUAAAUAAUUAUGCAGAUGAAGUGUUUAAACAAUCUACAUUUACAAAACCUGUAAUGGAUGAUGGAUACAAUGGGAAAAGAUUUGAAAGUUUGGCCAAGUCAGAUAGGAUAUGUGGUCCAAAGAUUAUGGUUGGUAUAAUUGUUAAAUUAAUAUAUGUUCGUUGUUAACGUUCAUUUGUGUUUGUUUACAUUUCAUUUAUAGCUCUAGUUAUUUGUAUAUGCUACUAGUUAUUUGUAUAUGCUACUAGUCUUUGCCUCGCACGCAUUGCGGGCACUAAUCCAAAUAUUUUUCUCCCA